GGAGGAAAAAAAAAAAGAGAGAGAGAAAAAAAAAAUAAAGAGAGCACGGAAACCCCCCGAAGCUGCCCGUUUCUAGCGCGGGCGGAGCGGAGGUGGCCCCAGACGCUGUUCCGUGAUGGGACCCCGGGCUGCGCUUCAGCGGCCGCCGGGCUGAGGGGAGAGCGGAUCCCGGUCCUCGUCCUCAUGCCCUGUGCCGGACCGCGACCCCGUCCCCACCGCCGUUCCGUCCCGGUCCCGUCCCGUCCCCUCACACCGCCGCCCUCCGCCUUCCGGGCCGCGGGGAGGGCCGGCCUUUCCCACAAUGCUUUGUGGGACGUUGACAAGUGGAUCCAAGAUGGCGUAGAAAGUAAUGACAGGAUUUCUGUCCCUGAGUCAUGGCAGACAGAAGACCAGAGAAGGCAUGUGAACAAGCAUGUGAAUCCCUUAAGCAGCAGGAUUAUGAAGUGGCAGUGAAGCAUUGCACAGAGGCUCUCCUUUCCCUCAGCCAGUACCCCCCAGCUCACCUCCCGGAGCCCUGCCAGGCAGAACUCGACCGCAUCAAAAUCGAGACUCUUCUGUAUAGAAUUGCUUCCUUUUUACAACUUAAAAAGUAUGGGCAAGCAGAUGAAGACUGUAGGCAUGUGCUGGGAGAGGGGCUGGCCAAGGGCGAUGGAUCUCUCCGGGCAGUGCUGUGCUGCAUGCAUCUCAAAGGGAAGCUGCAAAUUGUGUCUAAUGUUCUUUCCAAAUCACUGAUGGGGGAAUCACUGAACGGGAUGGUAACUAAAGAUCUCACACGACUGAAAACACUUCUUGCUGAAACAGAGGCAGCUGGUAAAGUACCAUCAGGAUAUCAUGUAGAAGAUUUAGAAGAAGGGUCACGGGAUGGUUGGCACUUCCGCCCCCCUCCCAGGGGCGUCACCAGCAGUGAGGAGUACACACUGUGUAAAAGAUUUUUAGAGCAAGGGAUCUGCAGGUAUGGUGCCCAGUGUACUUCAGCACAUUCCCAGGAAGAGCUGACGGAAUGGCAGAAGCGUUACGCUUCCCGCUUGAUCCGCUUGAAACAGCAGAAGGAGAACAAGCAGUGCUCAGGCACUUACAUGGAAACCCUCAUCGAGAAAUGGAUGAAUUCCUUGUCUCCUGAGAAAGUGCUUAGUGAAUGUGUAGAAGGAGUGAGAGUAGAACAUAAUCCCGAGCUCUCAGUAACUGUCACCACCAAAAAGUCUCACCAGACAUGGACAUUUGCUCUCACAUGUAAGCCUGCAAGAAUGCUGUAUCGAGUGGCAUUGCUUUAUGAUGCCCAUCGACCACACUUUAGUAUCGUUGCAAUAUCUGCUGGAGACAGCACUACCCAGGUAUCACAAGAAGUUCCAGAAAACUGUCAGGAAUGGAUAGGAGGAAAGAUGGUCCAGAAUGGAAUAGAUCACUAUAUAUACAAAGUCAGUAUAGCCUUUAACACAGAAAUCUUUGGGACUUUUCGCCAAACUGUGGUGUUUGACUUUGGAUUAGAACCAGUCCUCAUGCAACGAGUGAUGAUUGAUGCUGCUUCAACUGAAGACCUUGAAUACCUGAUGCAUGCACGGCAGCAGCUCCUGACCACAGCCAAGCGCUGGGAUUCCACGUCCAAGACUAUUGUGGAGUUUGAGCCUAAUGAAACUACUGAACUGGAGAAGAGCCUUCUCACCAGAUACCAAAUCCCUCUGUCUGCUGACCAGCUGUUCACACAAUCUGUCCUGGACAAAUCAUUGACCAAGACCAACUAUCAGUCACGGCUCCAUGACCUCCUGUACAUUGAGGAAAUAGCACAGUAUAAGGAAGUUAGCAAGUUCAACAUAAAAGUGCAAUUGCAGAUUGUAGCAAGCUUCAUGCUCACUGGUGUUUCUGGAGGUGCAAAAUAUGCCCAAAAUGGACAACUUUUUGGCCGCUUUAAGCUCACUGAGACCCUCUCUGAAGACACUUUGGCUGGAAGGCUGGUGAUGACCAAAGUCAAUGCUGUUUAUUUAUUGCCUGUCACUAAAGAAAAGUCAGCACAGACCCAAGGAACCAAAGAGAAGGUUUAUGAAGCAGCUAUCGAGGAGAAGACAAAGGAUUAUAUCUUCUUGAGGGUAUCCAGGGAGUGCUGUGAGGAGCUGAACCUUCGGGCAGAUUGUGAAAUGCAGGUUGAGCUUCAGUUCCAGUUGAACCGGUUACCCCUCUGUGAAAUGCAUUAUGCCUUGGACAGGAUUAAGGACAACAGCAUUUUGUUUCCAGAUGUCAGCAUGACUCCCACCAUACCCUGGAGUCCCAACAGGCAGUGGGACGAGCAGCUGGACCCGCGGCUGAACGCGAAGCAGAAGGAGGCUGUUCUGGCCAUCACCACCCCGCUCUCCAUCCAGCUGCCCCCCGUUCUUAUCAUCGGUCCCUAUGGGACAGGAAAAACCUUCACUCUGGCUCAGGCAGUCAAGCACAUCCUCCAGCAGCAGGACACCAGCAGGAUUCUCAUUUGCACCCAUUCUAAUAGUGCUGCUGACCUCUACAUAAAGGAUUAUUUACAUCCAUAUGUAGAAGCAGGCAAUCCCCAGGCAAGACCUCUCAGGGUAUAUUUCCGAAAUCGCUGGGUAAAGACUGUUCACCCAGUUGUGCAUCAGUACUGUUUGAUUUCAAGCACACAUUCCACCUUUCAGAUGCCACAGAAAGAAGACAUUCUUAAGCAACGAGUAGUAGUUGUUACUUUAAAUACAUCACAAUACCUAUGUCAGCUGGAUCUUGAGCCAGGGUUUUUUACACACAUUCUGUUAGAUGAAGCUGCUCAAGCUAUGGAGUGUGAAACGAUUAUGCCUCUAGCAUUAGCUAAUAAAAACACAAGAAUUGUCUUGGCUGGAGACCAUAUGCAGCUCAGUCCUUUUGUCUACAGUGAAUUUGCCAGGGAGAGAAACCUUCAUGUUUCCCUGCUCGACCGGCUCUACGAGCACUACCCUGCCGAGUUCCCGUGCAGGAUCCUGCUCUGUGAGAACUAUCGCUCCCAUGAAGCAAUCAUCAAUUACACAUCCGAACUUUUCUAUGAAGGCAAAUUGAUGGCAAGUGGAAAGCAGCCAGCACACAAAGAUUUCUACCCUUUGACUUUCUUCACAGCACGUGGAGAAGAUGUGCAAGAAAAAAAUAGUACAGCUUUUUACAAUAAUGCAGAGGUGUUUGAGGUGGUGGAGCGCGUGGAGGAGCUGAGGAGGAAGUGGCCAGUGGCCUGGGGCAAGCUGGACGACGGCAGCAUCGGGGUGGUGACCCCGUACGCUGACCAGGUGUUCCGCAUCCGCGCCGAGCUGCGCAAGAAGCGCCUGUCCGACGUCAGCGUGGAGAGGGUGCUCAACGUGCAGGGAAAACAGUUCAGAGUUUUGUUCCUCAGCACAGUACGAACACGGCACACAUGCAAGCAUAAGCAAACUCCAAUUAAAAGGAAAGAGCAGUUACUGGAGGAUUCAACAGAAGACUUGGAUUAUGGUUUUCUGUCUAAUUACAAACUUCUCAACACUGCCAUUACAAGAGCACAAUCCUUGGUAGCUGUGGUUGGAGAUCCUAUUGCUUUAUGUUCCAUUGGAAGAUGCAGGAAAUUCUGGGAAAGGUUCAUUGCCCUGUGCCACGAGAACGAGAGUCUUCAUGGCAUCACAUUUGAGCAGAUCAAAGCUCAGCUGGAAGCUCUGGAGUUGAAGAAAACCUACGUGUUGAACCCUCUGGCCCCCGAGUUCAUCCCGCGAGCGCUGCGGCACCAGCACUCCGCCAACCCCAGCAAGCAGCAGCAGUCACCUCCGAAGGGCAAGGUCCAUCAUCAUAACCAGAAUGACCAUUUCCCACCUGAUGGAAUUGUUCAGCCCAAUCCUUCUGUUCUAAUUGGAAAUCCUAUCCGAGCAUAUACUCCUCCCCCUCCUCCUCUGGGACCUCACCCCAAUCUGGGGAAAUCUCCAAGUCCUGUUCAAAGGAUAGAUCCACACACUGGGACAAGUAUUCUAUAUGUACCUGCUGUCUAUGGAGGAAAUAUGGUCAUGUCUGUGCCUUUGCCUGUACCAUGGACGGGGUAUCAGGGUAGGUUUGCAGUCGACCCUCGCCUCAUUACUCACCAAGCAGCCAUGGCAUAUAACAUGAACCUGUUACAGGCACACGGGCGAGGGUCUCCGAUCCCCUAUGGCCUGGGCCACCACUCCCCUGUUAGCCUGGGACAGCAGCAGCUCCCACACCAGGACAAGGAGCAGCACGAACAAACUCGAAAUGGUAAAAGUGAAAACACUGCUGGACCUGAAAUCAGUAAAAUUCGAACACCUGAGAAGAAACCUCUGGAAUCCAAGCAGGUUGAUUUAGAAGCAAACCCUCAGCAGAGAAGCCCCGAGUCCCGUUCCAGUGUUGCUUACCCCAAUGCUAAAUUCCACCGCAAAGACAACCCCAACCCCAGGCAGCUGAACCUGCACCUGACCCCGCCCCACUCCCAGUUCGCAGUUCCCAGCCGCCACUUCCAGCACCUCUCCCAGAUCCCGAGGCAGCCGUACCCUCUGCAGCAGCAGCAGCAGCAGCAAAACCUCUUAAGCCAACAGCAAAAUCACUUGCCUGAACAGCCCAACCAAAUGCCACCCCAGCAGAGCCAGGUAGUUCAGCAGCAUAAUCACUUGAACCAGCAGCCUCCACCACCUUCGCAGCUUUCCCCUGCUUUCCAGGCAGGCCCCAGCCAGUCCUUUUUUAAUAAUCCCAUUCCCCACCGACCACAUUCUCCUGCUGUAGAUGCUGUGAUUUCAGAACAACACCCCCCACCUCUGUUACAAGAAGUCAAUAAUCCUUUGAGGCCUAUUGCACAGCACAACCCAGUUCUGCCAACCCACUUGAACAACUUCAUUGAAGAGAAUCCAUCAGGAAUGCCCUUAGGGGACACUUUAGAUCGUAUGCAUGGAAAUGUAGCUUUGGAAACAAUAAGGCAGCAACAACAAGCCAGGUUACAGCAAUGGAAUGAACAUAAUGCCUAUCUCAGUCAAGGCACUAUUCCAUAUCAACACCAUCACCAUCCUCAUCUACCACAUCUUCCUCAGCAACCAAUUGGAUUACAUCAACAGCAGCAAGUUAGGGCAAACUGGAAACUUGCCAGUAAUACAGAAGAUGAAACAGAGGCAACAUAUUCAAGAUUCCAGGAGCUGCUCCGGGAGCUGUCGCAGCGCGAUCCCAGCGAGAGCCGGGACGGCGCCGAAAUGCCGCCGCCCCAGUCGAGACUGUUGCAAUACAGACAAGUCCAGCCCCGGAGCCCACCAGCACUCCCUUCUCCUUCCUGCAACUCCAACCACAGCGCCCACUUCCCCAACUUCACCGAGAACAGCAGAGACAUUGAACUGCCCACUAACCCAGCAUUUCAGCAGCAUUUACCCCAAAUGUACAACCCCCCUUUCUCAAUGCCAUCCGAACACAUAACCCCGUCUCCCUUGAAAUACCUGCAACCUGAUGGGUCCUGGACUUACGCUAACCUGCAGCAGAAUCACCUCCUGGGGCAGGGCUUUCACUAUGGAAUACCUCCACUGCCCCACAGGUCGCAGCAAAGCCCUUUUAUACAAAUCCAGAAUCAUCAGCACGCAGUCGGUCAGGAGCCAUUUCAUCCACUCGCAUCUCGAGCAGUUUCUGCUUCUUCGCUCCACAGCUUAGAAGAGUAUGAACCAAGAGGACCAGGCAGGCCGUUGUACCAAAGAAGAAUUUCCUCUAGUUCAGUCCAGGCUUGUUCUGAAGAAUUAAGCACUCCUCAAGACAGUCUUGGUCAGUGUAAAGAGCUUCAGGACCACAGUAACCAGUCAUCCUUCAACUACUCCUCCCCUGAGCUGUGGGUGAACUCCUCCUCCUCUGCCCCGUACCCAAACAUUCCAUGCAACGGAGCCAGCAGAGCCGUUCCCCCCCGGGAGCUGCUAGCUCCCCCGAAGGCGGCCAAGCCCCCGGAGGAACACCUGAAGGCUGAGAACAUCCAGCUCUCCAACUCCUUCAACUACAACGUGCUCCAGCAUCUGGGCCAGUUCCCCCCUCUGAUGCCCAACAAGCAGCUGGUGGAGUCCAACAGCAGCAGCCCCCAGCCCGCGGGCGGCACCAAACCCGUCAUGUCCUACGCCAGCGCUCUGCGGGCUCCCCCCAAGCCCAAACCUCCUCCUGAGCAGACAAAAAAGAACAGCGACCCCCUGUCCUUGUUUCAGGAACUUAGCCUAGGUAGUUCAUCAGGUAGCAAUGGCUUUUAUUCCUAUUUUAAAUAAUCAGAUUAUUUUUUUUAGAGAGAAUUUAAUUUUUAUUUGUGUCGGUAGAUCUAAGAUAGUUGGGGCUUCACCUGUAGUUGCAAAUAUUCCCUUUGUUUAUAUUGGUAAAUAUAUCCUCACUUAAUUGCUUUGCUGCUAGACUUGCAACUAAUUUUUUUUUAAUUAUAUUCCAUUAUUUUGCAUUUUUUGAUGUGGGUCGGGUUUUUGGAAGCUUUUCUGUAGGAAGACACACACGUGUUAUUUUUUAAUUUGUGUAAUGUUAAUUAUAUGUUGCAUUAAACUAGCAGCUGAGAGAUUACCUGUACAACUUGAAAAAAGGAAAAAAAAAGGAAAAAGAAAAAAAAAGGAAAAAAAAAGUUUGUCUAAAUUGUAUUUAAGAAGAUUGUAAGUAGCAUUUACAUUUAUUCAAUAACAUUAGCAUACUAUGCUGGGUUUCUGUACCAGAAAUGGCCAGUUAAUGUAAAAAUGUAUGUUAUUUCUGCUUAAAUUCAUUUAAUUUUUUUUUUUUUAAUAAAGGUGCAGCAUCUUCUAAAUAAUUUCAGUUUUAUCAGCUUUUUUGUGAAGGGAUGCUGCAUUCUCAGACUUUUAUAGUUUUAGAUUCUGUAUGAUGUGGUAUUGUAUUUUCCAUCCACUGUAGGGUAGAGUAAAGGCAUUCUUUGCAGACACCUAUGCCAUUGUUUGGAAACAUUCAGAUAAAAGUAUUGGUAUACUUUAAAAAAUAAUAAAAAAAUAGAAAAAGAAGAAAAAAAUUAACAAAAAACCCAAAAAACUCUACAUUUUAUUUUUGGACAAGCUAAUAAUAUAAGCUUGUUUGAAAAGUUAAUUUGAUAGGUUUUUUAAAUGAAUCAUGAAGCUGAAAAUAAAUUUUUAGGUAUGUUGGUGCUUAGUAGAUUUAAUAACUAUUUUAAAAAAAAUGCGUGAAUUUAGUAAAAUACUUUUUUGUUUGUUUGUUUAAUUUUUUUCCACUAUGCAUGUGUAAAUGUUUGUAAUCUGGCUUUUUCCUCCCCUCUUCUCCAGUGGUAUAAAGAAUUGUGCCGCUUUAAUUUUUUUUUUUUUUCCGGUAAAACUUUUGGUACAUUAUUUGAUGUUUACAUUAAAAUGUGACAUUAUACAAGGAAAUUCAGAUAUUUUGCUAACUGUUUUGUUUGAGGAACAUCAUUAAAGAAGAGAUUUAAUGUUUGUCAAAGCUGUAUCCAAAUUAAUCUAAAUCUUCUGGGGAUCAGAGUGGUUACCAGGUUAUUUAUCUCCGUGAACCUGGCCCUUAAGGAAUCCAGUCUGAGAAAUUAAUUAUGGGAUAUUAAAAAAAAAAAUUAAAGAAACAAAUGUGAAUGAAAAUUCAGAAGAUAAAAACUCUGUGGAUAAAGAUUUUUGGUCUUGCACACUGUCCCUGCUUUGUGGCCGGGGAGCUCCAGAGGGGGGUUGUAGAGUUUCUCCUUUAUUUCUUUUUAACCCUCCUUUUACACUUGAAAUAACUUUAAAUCUGGGAACUGGUUUACAGGGAUGAGCUGGGUGUAGUUCAGAAUUCCUCCACUUAUUACCUGUGAGAAUUGAAAUUUUAGAGCUGUGAGGGGGUGAUUUCAGAUUUUUACAGCUGUCCAUGGGACACUUUACUGUGGAGCAAUGACUCUGCUCUAUUCAAUCAGAUUUUUGCUCUAAUUACAAUCAAUCAGGUUCAUUUUUUUUGCAUUUGACUUCAUGUGUUAAGACAAGGGUCAUUAUGUAAUGGUGUUGAUUUAAACUCAGUACACUGCAGAGGUUUGCAUAUAAAUUUUUUAUUAUAAAUCUUUGCUGGGUUAUGAUUCAGAAACUUAUCUGAAAACUUUUUUUCCUUCUUUUUGCUGUAAAGCAAAGCUCGUGUAACUCCUUAAUUUAUUUCCUAAUGUUAUACCAAACAAACAAUGCUGGGGAGGGGACAGCCCCUGCCAAGUUCUGCUCAGCACUUCAGCACAGGGCAUGGAACCCAGACGACCCAAAAACGAGGAGAGGCCAAAUUCUGCAACCUUGAAUCAAGCAAAGCUGCUGUUAAAUGGGUUUUUGCCAAGCUGCUGGCUGCAGGAAUGGGAAAUUCACUGGCAGAGCUGAGGUGGGAUCCAGUGGAGGGAGGAACAGGACUGGCAGAGCAGAGAUGGAUCCAAAGCACUUCACGUCCCCAAGUCAGCAUUUUGUAAUUUCAGGGGUUUCAAAGUCACUCAGUUCUAUGGAGCAGCCUUUUGAUUCUGUUCACCAUUUAAUAUUGAAUAUUAAACUAAUAAACAUCACUUGUUAAUUUA